ACGAGUUCUUAUACCCGCACGUCAUAUUCUCGCGUCACAUCUUUGUCAGUGAACAAAAUGGCAACCUACUGCUUAACCGUCGCCCGGCUUCAGCUCGCUCUGGGUCAGGGUGCCCGCCGCUUUCAUGUGGCGGCAGCCCUCAACGCAAAGGCCCAGGUGGCCAUGAGCCGCUUUGAGCCAAGCAGUUGCGUCAACUAUGACCAGCUUCGCUCAAAUAUUGACAUUGUGCGCAAAAGACUCAAUCGGCCUCUCACCCUGUCAGAGAAGAUUGUCUAUGGCCAUCUGGAUGACCCGGCUGGACAGGAAAUCGCUCGAGGACGCACAUAUUUGCGCCUGCGACCGGAUCGAGUUGCUAUGCAAGAUGCAACAGCACAAAUGGCCAUGCUGCAGUUCAUCAGCAGUGGACUCCCAAAAGUGGCAGUGCCAUCCACCAUCCACUGUGACCAUCUUAUCGAGGCCCAGACCGGAGGAGUCCAAGAUCUACAGAAAGCAAAGGAAGUGAAUCAAGAGGUUUACAGUUUUCUUGCUAGUGCUGGGGCUAAAUAUGGUGUUGGCUUUUGGAAACCUGGCUCUGGGAUCAUCCAUCAGAUUAUCUUGGAGAACUACGCGUACCCAGGAGUCAUGUUGAUUGGUACAGACUCUCACACCCCUAAUGGUGGUGGUCUGGGCUCCAUCUGCAUUGGAGUUGGUGGAGCUGAUGCUGUUGAUGUCAUGGCAGGCAUCCCCUGGGAGCUGAAGUGCCCAAACGUCAUCGGUGUGAAACUAACAGGCUCAUUAUCUGGCUGGACCUCACCAAAAGAUGUCAUCCUUAAAGUUGCUGGUAUUUUGACUGUGAAGGGUGGCACUGGUGCCAUUGUGGAGUACCACGGCCCUGGUGUGGACUCUAUCUCCUGCACAGGAAUGGCCACCAUCUGUAAUAUGGGUGCUGAAAUUGGAGCCACCACCUCUGUGUUCCCUUACAACCACCGUAUGAGGACAUACAUGGAGAAGACUGGUCGUGGAGAAAUCGCUGCUCUAUCAAAUGAGAAUCAAGAUCUACUGGUACCUGAUUCGGGUUGUCAGUACGACCAGGUGAUCGAGAUUAAUCUAAGUGAGCUGAAGCCUCACAUCAAUGGCCCAUUUACUCCUGACCUGGCCCACCCUGUUUCAGACAUCGGGUCUGUCGCUGAGAAAAAUGGCUGGCCCCUGGAUGUUAAAGUUGGUCUGAUUGGAAGCUGCACCAACUCCAGUUAUGAGGACAUGGGCAGAGCUGCCUCCGUGGCCAAACAAGCACUCGACAAAGGACUCAAAAGCAAAGCCCAGUUCACGAUUACCCCUGGGUCCGAGCAGAUUCGUGCCACGAUUGAGAGAGAUGGCUAUGCCAAAGUGUUGAGGGAUGUUGGUGGAGUUGUCUUGGCUAAUGCCUGUGGACCCUGCAUUGGUCAGUGGGACAGACGUGACGUUAAGAAGGGAGAAAAGAACACCAUUGUUACAUCAUUCAACAGAAACUUCACGGCCAGAAAUGACGCUAACCCUGCCACUCAUGCUUUUGUCACCUCACCAGAGAUUGUCACAGCCCUUGCCAUUGCAGGCACUCUGAAUUUCAACCCUGAGACUGACUUUCUCACAGCCCCCAACGGAGAGAAGUUUAAACUGGUGCCGCCCACAGGAGAUGAGCUUCCUGCUCGUGACUUCGACCCAGGUCAGGACACCUACCAGCACCCACCACCUGAUGGGUCUGGUCUGAAAGUAGAUGUGAACCCUCAGAGCAACCGCCUGCAGCUGCUCGAGCCCUUCGACAAAUGGAGUGGGAAAGACCUUGAGGACCUCCAAGUGCUCAUCAAGGUGAAAGGAAAGUGCACCACUGACCACAUCAGCGCUGCUGGACCCUGGCUUAAGUUUCGUGGCCACCUCGAUAACAUCUCCAAUAACCUUCUCAUUGGUGCCGUUAAUACUGAGAACGAUGCCGUCAAUAAAAUUCGCAACCUUCUAACUGGAGAGUUUGGGGGCGUCCCUGAUGUUGCCCGCCAUUACAAAAAGCACAAUGUUUCAUGGAUAGUUGUUGGAGAUGAGAACUACGGUGAGGGUUCCAGCAGAGAGCACGCGGCUCUGGAACCCAGACAUCUAGGAGGGAGGGCCAUCAUUGUGAAAAGCUUUGCUAGAAUCCAUGAAACUAACUUGAAGAAACAGGGCCUGCUGCCCCUCACCUUCUCCAAUCCUGCUGACUACGACAAAAUCCGCCCAGACGAUAAAAUCUCCAUUAAAGGGCUUAAGACCUUUGCCCCUGGAAAGCCCCUUAAUGCCAUCAUCAAGCACAUUGACGGAAGCUCGGAAACCAUUGAGUUGAACCACACCUUCAACGAAACCCAGAUUGAAUGGUUCAAGGCAGGCUCCGCCCUCAACAGAAUGAAAGAGAUGCAGUAAUGAGUGUGAUUGGCCAUCGAUAUACAUAUGUGGGAGGGGUUAUGCAUCAAGCAGGUGGAUUGGUAUGUGUAUGAAAGGUUUAAAUGCUCUCAUGUAAUUAUGAACUGUAUACACAAUACAUUUUCAAAACUGUACUGCAUAGACAAGUCAUGUCAAUACACAAACUUCUCAAAUCUAUAUAAUAUAUUGCAGGGCAGAUAAAAGAUGUGAAGUUUAGCAACUGUAAUGCUUAUAAAUUUCAAGCUGGGCCUGUGUUUAUUACAGAAUGGAGAAUUAAAAAAAUAAGUUAACCUACAAAAGAUGCUAAGCACAUACAUGUUAGAGGGAGACACCAGUGUUUAAUUCAUAAAACCAUCCAAUUCUCUGUGCAGGUGUUCAUGCAACUGUUGAUUAUUAAUUUCUGUUAUUUGAAAUAUUACACUUAACUGUAAUGAGAGCUGCUUGUGAGUUUGCUGUCCUGUUAUAGUCUCUCUUGAUGGAAUGAUAUCUUAUUUCACACCAUUCUAACAACUGCUUUUCAACUUUUCAUGAUAAUUGGUUUUCUUGUUCAUGGAAGCUUGAAACUUGACCAGUUAUUGUUCAUGUCGCUAAUUCUUACUGAGUCAGAGUGACUUGUCUAUGCCUGUUAGUCAAACUUUGGCAGAUUAUAUCAUUUACAACACCAAAAUCUAUCAAAUAUGUCUGUACUGAAUGCACAGCAGGUCAAAUCUGUUCAUGUUUUAAACAUAAUGCUUAUUUAUAAACCUUU